GUUUAUAACCAAUCAAAUUGUCUUAUUGUUGGAACGUGUUUCAGACUGUUAUUAGGCCUGAUCUGACAUACAACUUCAAUAUGGAAACUACCUAUGGACGAUGAAUAGAAACAUUCAUUACGGUUUAGUGACAUUUCAAAGGAAAGUACUGGGUACAACCAACCAUUGGAAUUGAACAAGUUAUUUUUGACCUCAUAAGAGACAUGGACAGUCAGAACCAAAUGUUCUCCAUUGAUAUCAAGUAACGCAACUAAUUGAAUUUGGAAGUAUGCAGUAGUCUGGCAGUUCAUCCUCAGCCCUGGAGGUGCCCACCUGCACCAGAUAAGAGUCCAUAUCACGUGGAUUGCGGAACCUCAAGGUCAAGCACACUAGCGUAACUCUCCCCAAACUUGAACCACCAAACCACCAUCCAUUGAGGGGCAGCUACAACCAAACAACUCACCAAUUACACCCACUGUGGUCGUCUCCUCUCAAGCCCCAAUCUCAUACAACACCACCAACAAUGGGAAUCCACAAGGUCCUCUUCUGGUCGGGCUUCGGUACCUCAACUCCCAAGUCCGUGGUUCGUAGAAGCUGUAGCUAACCUAUGAUACAGGUAUCGCCGUCCGCGUCUGGCAACUCGGUAUCGAAAAGCGUCCCUUCUUCAAUCGCGGCUCGCUCUGGGCAUAUCCCUUAUUCGGUGGGGUGGGAGGAAGCUUCGGGUAUUGGAUGAUGGGCGUGGAGGAACGACAACAGGCGAUUCUUGGGGCAAGACGACAAAGCUUGUUGGAAAAGAGAGCUCGGAGGGAUCAGUUGGAGAACCAGGAGCCAUAGGAACACGGGUUGGGUGACAGAAAUGGUAGAGGGUUGUACAAAGCUAAGGGCAUUGGGAUGGGAAGAUCUUUUGACGCAUGGAUUGUAUUGGAGUUUUGCUCAUGAAUUGAAGAGCUUGCGGAAUCAAGGAAAGAGUUGCCAAUCGUCAGGGUGUCGAGAGCUGAAAUGAAUUGGGUUGAUCAAAAGACUCUUCUUCCGAUACUACCGAGUUGGGUGAGCCAGGCCAAUUACAAUACAUGAGCGUUGAGAUGCUUCCAGGAUCUCCUGUACAUCACGGAAUGUCAAGGUUUCUAUUUCAAAGCACAAGAACGACAAUUUACGAUCAAUUGAGAACUUCAAUUUGUUUGAAGUACACAAAGACUCGUAGCAACGAUCACGAAUUGGCAAAUGCAUCAAUCAGCACAAACUCAGUCAUCUACCUUCAUUACAAUAUCUUACACCAGGUGAGCGCUCCUCGGCAUGCCUCACACUUUGCUUUUCCGGGGCUUGAUUAAACCCUCGCAUCACCUGGCUGUUCUAUUGAAUCGUCGCUGCUCUCCGCGAUGACAGAAUUGCAUCCAAAUGCUCCGGUACCUUGUGGAGAUAUCAAUAUAUGUUCCCUAGUCAUAUAACCUCUUCAACCUUGACUUUCAUUUCCCAACCUAUGUAACACAGGCACUGAGGUAGGGGGUACAUUUCCUGACUCUGUAACAAUCAUCUGAAUAUAUUCAGCUGGUGUGACAUCAUACAUUGGAUUGCAAAGUUGUAAAUGUGGAAUAUCUCUCCAUGCUUCCAGGGCCCCACCCGUGAUGA